GCAGCGUUCACUUCUUCUGCUCUUCUCUCAUCCCUCAACUACCGCCACCGCCACCACCACUGACCACCGUCUUCAUCUCUCUCCGGCGCUGCCGCGGCAACAUCUGAUAGAAAUCAAGCAUUUUCUCACUCGGAGCAAGAAAUUCUUAACAGUUUUAACGUGUUUGAGGAGCAGCAGCAUUAACAAAAAGCAAGAAUAAAAUGACAACGACGAUGACACUUUUGAAAGACAUUGUUCCUUCAGCUCAGAACAACAUUAACACCAAAUUCAUAGUUUUGGAGAAAGGCAAUGCAACACUGGAGGGCCAGAACAAGUUAUGCAUGGCUCUUGUGGCCGACGAGACUGCAGCCGUUCAUGUUCAGCUUUGGGGAGAUGAGUGCAAUGCUUUCGAGGGUGGCGACAUAAUUCAGCUGACCAAUGGCAUCUUCUCCUACCAACGCAACCACCUUGUGCUAAGGUCAGGCAAGAGAGAAUGGGAAGCACAGAAGAUAAUCCAGUUUCUCACCUCGAUCAAGAAAUUUUCCACAAAUUUAGGGAUUUCAUGACAGGGAUUACAAAGAUUGAUGAGUUGGGAAAUGUAGGAAGCAAGCAGCUGUGUGGAUUUCAACAAGCACUUGAGUUUAUCCGGAGACCUCCUAUAGAUACCAAUUCUAUAUUAGUUGGCAAGAUAAUGGAAGCUAAUGGAACAGAUAGAGUUAAAUCCUAUGUCAACUCUGGUUGCAAGAAACCCAAUGACAGUGUCAAUAAUGUAACCAAUUUGUGCUCAUGCAAACGUGGACUUCUUAACCAUAUAAGCAAAGCCAAGGUAAUAAUUAAUGAGCUUGAAGGUUUAUUGAGAGACGUAACGAGUGCCAUACAAAGGACACACGGGAAAUUAUCUGUCUUCUCGGAUAUUGAGUUUGGUGUUGAAUUGAAUAAUCAGGCAGCUUCUGAUGAUUUGUUACGUUUUUCUCAGGAAGAAAACGUUGGCUUCUCACAUUCUCAAAAUACUGAUUGCACAAAUACUGAAGAAAAGAACAGUAGUGAUGUCACACAUUUUGCUUCUCUAAUGGCUAUCUUAUAUGGUAUGGUCAAGCAAGACUAUUUGAUGCAGGUAAAUGAUCUCUAUUGUGACCUUAACAAUUCAUAUUUAAAUUAUGGAAAACCUUUAUGUUAUGAACCACUUGUUCCAAAAGUUUAAGCUAAUAGGAAAAUAUACAUAAAUGAUGAUUAUAUACAUGUCCUUUUAUACACGAGUUUUUUUCUUUUAUUUGUGUGAAUUUUGCAUAGUCUUUCUUUUAUUUGUCUUGUGCUGAAAUUUGUUUUGUUUUAGGAUCAACAAAGAUCGAACUUUAGACUUUUAGGUUAUAAAAGCUGAUACCAUAUUAUGAAUCUAUUUAUCUUAAAAGAUUAAGCUGAUAAGGGGAAGUACAUAUUUAACAUCUUAUAAACUCUCUAUUUGUUUAAUUAUAUUGAUGUAGGAAA